AUGUGGUCGAAAACAAUAUUAAGGAAACCCUUACCACUGUUAAGGUACCCAAUUCUUCAGAGAUUAAAUUAUUCUACAAGCAGCGCCAACUCGGUAACCAACUUUUUCAAAAUCUUCCCUCAGAACUUUCCAAACGGAGGUCCACCAGCAGACGAUUUCAUAAUAAAAUUGAGACUGCUUCGUAGAGAAUAUCGGUUAAUUCAAAGUGAACAUCACCCGGAUGUGGCUGUGAGUAAUUCUGAUGACCAUUCAUCACUUGUAAAUGAUGCCUAUUCCACGAUUAAAAACCCGUACACCCGCCUAGCUCAUGUGAUCCGGUUGAACCACCCUGCUAACAUUGACAUUACUCAGGACGAAGUUGCUAAGCAACAAAUUGCAGACCUUCAAAAGAAUUCGCCUGAAUUGUCUAUAGAAUACAAGACUAUGCUUAUGGAUGUAUUAGAGGCACACGAAUCAUUGGAAUCUGCUGAGCUGGAGUCCGAUUUAGACAGUUUAUCUCAAGAGAAUGAUAUGAGAUUGCAGCAAAGCGAGGAAAAGAUUGAUGAAAUAUUGAAGCAACACAACACCGACGGUCACGUGCAAAAUUUGAAUUGGGAUGAAAUAGUAUUAGAAGCUAUUCAAUUGAAGUACUGGGUCAAUAUACAGAAUGCUAUCAAAGAUUGGGAGCAAGGAAAACCGGUGCAUCUUACCCAUUGA